AUGGUGGCCAACUUCACCAAACCGCAGAGCGACCGGCCGUCGCUCCUCAAGCACGACGAAGUCGAGACCUACUUCCACGAAUUCGGGCAUGUCAUGCAUAACAUCUGCACUCAAGCCAAGUACAGCCGGUUCUCGGGCACUGCCGUCGAGCGCGACUUUGUCGAAGCCCCUUCGCAGAUGCUGGAGAACUGGUGUUACGAGAAGGACGUGCUGAAGCGCAUGUCGAGCCACUACCAGACCAAGGAGCACCUGCCCGACCAUCUCAUCGACAAACUCAUCAACGCCAAGCACGCCAACACCGGGCUGAUGAAUCGGCGACAGGGCUUUUUCACGACGUACGACAUGCUGCUGCACACCACCCAGAAGAACGCCCGGCCGCUGCCGCGCCACGCCGACUCCGGCCGCAUCGACACAGCCAAGGCGUGGGCGCAGCUGCGCAAAGACAUCACGUGGACCGAGCAGCCGCCCAACACUAACCCCGCCGCCUCAUUCGGCCAUCUCAUGGCCGGGUAUGAUGCGCAGUACUACGGUUACAAGUACGCCGAGGUGUUCUCGGCCGACAUGUUCUCGCUCUUUAAGGAGCACGGCGUGCUGAACGGCGAGGUGGGUCGCAAGUACCGCGACCUGGUGCUCGCGCCGGGCGGCGAGCGGGACAGCGUGGAGAGCCUGGUGGCCUUCCUCGGCCGGGCGCCCACACAAGACGCCUUCCUCCGCCACAUCGGCCUCACCUCCUCCGCCUAA